GGUGCCCCACGAGCUGAAGCUGUGGUCUCAGGCGUUUAUACUGAAGUCAUAUUCGACACCGGUUGUACUUCAAACAUAGUUAGUCUAGACUUAAUCAGAAAGUUAAAGAUUACCUGUUUGGAGGAUGCUGGAGAGAUUGCUAUAGUUUUUGCGGAUGGUCAAGCACGCCGCCCCGUUGGUUUUAUUCGUGAUUUGAUAGUGAGCAUUGGUAAUUUUAUCAAGGAGCCCAUUGAUGCCUAUGUGUAUGACACCAAUCAACAAUACGAUUUUAUACUGGGUCGUCUUGGUAUGCACAAGCUUAAAAUUGGUAUCGAUUGGUCGGCGCAUUUCUGGUAUUCUAACACUGAGAACCGUGGCGUGGUCCCUAUAAAGGUCUAUUAUCAUAAGAAAAGGUCCAUUUCUGAUGUUUUUGGGGAUGGUUCAGAUACUUCCAGUGAUUCCCCGUUGGAUACUGAGACCGAGGAUGAAAGCAGCUUAGAAGAGGGUGACUCAGAGGAAGCUUUUUAUCUGAUCCCAUGCGAAGAAGGUCAAGGAGAAUUUACCUUUGUCAAUCCUGAGACGAAAGAGUCUACGCUUGUACGAGAAAGGACGUCUAAAGAGCUCAAUAAUCACCGUUUGGAACCCACCCUUCUAACGGAACCAAGACUGGGUCAAGAUGAUCGUUUGGGAACCCUGCUAGAUCGAAUCAAGCUGUAUGACCACUUGACUCCAGCUCACAAGGAACGAUUGCUGUCUCUCGUAAUGAAGUACUCCACGUGCUUUGGGACAUCGUAUAGCCAUCUCAAGGUCACCAAUCUGGUCAAGUUCUGCGUAGAUACAGGAGACAGUAAACCAAUUUACAAUCGUCCGUAUGCAUUUAUUCCAUUGUCAGAAAGGGAUUUCAUGAGAAAAGAGCUACAAGAAAUGGUGGAAGCUGGUGUUUUAAUUCCUACCACCCAUACCCCCGACAAUUCUUCUGGUGCUGGUUGGUCUUUCCCUUGCCGGUACAUCAAGAAAGCUAAUGGUCAGAGAAGGUUGAUCACCAAUUUUAUUGGCCUCAAUCAAGUCACGAAGAGGGAUACCUGGCCCAUGAACAAUACGGUGGAUGUUAUCGAGUGUUUGUCGGGAAGCAAGGUCUACUCUUCGUUGGAUAUGCUU